CCUCUUCAUACUUCAAUUCCUUCUCCAAAAAACAACGACAGAUAAAAUCCUUUAAACCCAUAUUUGCCAAAAAGGCACCUUGAACUCCUCUUAAGCCAAAAAAUACAAAAAUCCUCUCCAAAAUUUCCUAACAAAACUGACUCAAAAUGAGUAUCACCUUGCUCAACGUUGAAGUUCUCAUCUAGUGAAAAGCCUAGAUAUGGAAUUUUUUCAGAAACCAAAAAUUUUAGAAGACUCUAUAUGCUCUCAGAAGGAAGCUGAGCUUACUCAAGCGUGGAAUGUGAAGGGUUGUUAUGGAUACAAUAUGACUAGCAAGCCGACAGAUAGCUUUACAAUAGCUGAAAGUGAUGAUUAUAUCAGUUUCUUAGCCCAAUCUCAAAAGAAAAAAUCUAACCCCCGUAAAAUCUACAAAAAUGUUAACAAAAUCAUUUCUUCCCAACGGAGUACAAAAUCUUCAGCCCUAAAACGGAAGCCUAAAAAUGUGAAAGUCCACGAUACUUCAAAGAGUAUGCUUGAUAUCCAUGGUCGGAAUGCAUCUAAAAAUACAAAGAAGAAGUCUACAGUAAAAAGGCAGUGCAAAAAUAGGUCAGUCAGAGACCUCUUGCCCCAGGUCGAUUCAAGAAAGCCAAGAUCAUCACAGAAGAAGGAGAGAGGUGUAGAAUAUAAUGUAAGAGAGUUCUCUUACCCAUUACGAGGGGAGAAUGAACCUACAAGACAGAAAACCCCUGCUUUUCAGCAUUAUCAGAAUAUUGAUUCUGAGAAGAUCGUCAGCUCUGCUAUGAAGGAAAAAUAAGAAGCUAAAAGCCCAAAUUCGCAAAGGUAGCAUUACUCAGGUCGAGGUCAAGAAAGUUCAAAGUGUUGGUGCUAAGAAAAGAGAUACAAAAAAGCCAGGAAAGAAAUAUCCCAACAAACUUAAGAAGGUGAAGGAAGGAAAAUGGACAGCAGAUGAAACCCAAAAACUAUUAGCUCUAUUCUCAAAGUAUAAAAACAAAUAUGCUUUAAUAUCAAAAAAUCUCCCCAACAGAACAACCCUUCAAGUCAAAGACAAAAUUCGAAAUCUCAGAAUUUCUCUCAAAAGAGAAGCUGAACAAAGAGAGGAAAGAAAAAUUCUCGAAGAAGCCCAGCAGCCAUCUCACAGGCAGUCCACAGAGAGUAUGGAUUCCCUUCCUCCUGCUAAAACGGAGGACCUGUACGACUAUGUACAUCGGCUCUCCAGUGACGAACAGUUCAAGGACUUAAUCUCCAGGAUCAACGAAGAAGAUACUGAAGAAAAUAUGUUUUCGUAGUGUACAACCAGGAUUU